GACUCUCCCACGGUGGAGUAACGAGACCUUAGCGAGACAGAUAACGAGAAAUUUAGCAAUUUGGCCUGUUAUUUAUCGUGUACGGAAACUUACGCACAGACCAUGCUAACCUAUUGCUGUAUGUGUCGCCGAGGAUCUAGCUCCCGGUCCCGUGGAAGUGCGAUAUGGAAGUGAGAAAAAGAAAAGCUCGUUUUUCCGUUCAUGAAAUCGACGUCCUUGUCGACGAGGUGUACAGGAAUAGGGCGACGCUCUUCUCCAGACUCUGUAGCACCAUCACUAACGAGAAAAAAAUGGUUAUUUGGCAAUCCAUCACUGAAAAAGUUAACGAAGUGUGCACAGUUCAACCAAGAACUGCGGAUGAAGUUCGGAGAAAAUGGUAUUACUACCUUAGCGACAGAAAGAAAGAAGUUUCACGUCGAAAUAAACUAAAGAAAACGGACUGUCACUCCCCCGAUGUUAUCUACAACCAGACAGACCUGAAAAUCCUAGAGUUGCUGGGGGAGAUUGAUGGUGUAGAUAGAACAGUAGAAGGGGCAGUAGAAGGCCUCAUUUGUGAGGUCGAUGCCGAUGCUCUCCCUAUACGACCUUCGUCAGCGUCCAGUUAUUUUAAUGAACACGAGGAGCAUCAGGAGGGCUCUCGGACCUCUUCGGGAGAGGUUCUUGCAUCCCGUCUGCCAGAUCACCCACUCGCUACACAGGAGGAGCGGGAGGCGGGCGCCGCGCCACCCACCACCUCGCCGCCCACAACACCCACCAUAAAGAAGGAGAGCGUGUACUUCAACCACGACACCUUCAGCCCCACCAUCACCAUCGGGGAGGCGGCGGACACCAGAGCGAAGCAGACCAGCACGAAGCGAACGCGGACGGCCGGCGAGGACAGCGACCUGGAGGACCGUGAGGACCAAGAGUUCCUGCAGCUGGAGAAGCGUCGGGUCUACCUGCAGGAGUGCCAACUGCGACUGCUCCAUGAUAUCUACAAGCAGAUGCAGACCGACUCAGAGAGGAACCAUGCCUUCCAGCAGGCCUUCUUGGAUAUCGAGAGGCAGAGAUUAGAGCUAGAGAAGGCUGCCAGUCAUAAGUAAUGUUUUUGCAUUGUAACAUACACUUUCAAAAUCCUAAACACUUGCAGCAAACCGCCGACAGAUCAAAGGCUUGGUAAUUAUAAUCACCAAUGUUAAAACAAACACUUGACUCACGUUAUAUAAAGAGUGAGCUAGUUUUUCUUGGUAUCCAGGAGUUCAGGAGAAAGCUGACUGUUGUAUUUGAAAAGAAUCUAUUUUACUUCCAAAGAUAAUUGUUUGUACGAGCCAUGAGCGCCUCCUGCUUGCCCCGCCUCCGCUCUUGGGACAAACUCUUCAUAGUGCCUUCCUGAGACUCACACAUUUGUGUUUCAUACGAUACUUUCAACAUAUAUAUGUACAUGCAUGUUUUAAAUAUGGGGGUUUUCUCACUUUUUCAUAUAUAGUACAUAAAACAUAGAACUAUAUCUUUUUGGAUACUGUAUUAUAUUUAAGACAAAAUAAAGUAAAUAAUAUU